AUGGCUGUUGUAAGGGGCAUGUUUACAUUCGUUUUCAUUGUGGAACUUAUCCUGGGCAAUGUAGGAAAUGGCUUCAUAGCACUGGUGAACUGCCUGGACUGGGUCAAAAGGAGGAAGAUCUCUUCAGUGGACCACAUUCUCACUGCUUUGGCCAUCUCCAGAAUCGGUCUGCUCUGGUCAGUUGUUCUAAGCGUAUUUAUAUUUGUCCUAUACCCGGCCAGAGGUACCGCUGGAUAUAAACAAGGAAUUAUUUUUAUUAUCUGGAUAGUCACUAACCACUUUAGCAUCUGGCUUGCUACAAUCCUCAGCCUCUAUUAUUUUCUGAAGAUAGCCAGUUUUCCUAAUUCCAUUUUUCUUUACCUAAAGGGGAGAGUGAAAAGCAUCGUUUCGGGAACAUUGCUUUUGUCCAUAGUCAUCUUGUGCUUGAAUUUUGUGCUGAUCAACGCAACUCUUGAUGAAUCUAAGAGGAACACAUCUUAUGAAUACACUUCACGUAACGUUACAGCCUUUUUAGUAACUUUCACGGUGUACCUUUCCAUGCCCUACAUUGUGUCCCUGGUGAUGUUUCUCCUGCUGAUCUUCUCUCUGUGGAAACAUCAUCAAACCAUGUACCACCAUGGCUAUGGAGACAGAGAUGUCAGCACCGUCGCCCACAUCAGAGCCUUGCAAAUGGUGGUUGCCUUCCUCCUCUUGUAUUCCAUUUUCAUUUUGACUCUUGUGGUACAAUAUUGGAGCAUAGAUCCCCUGAAAACAUACUGGCACAUCUUGUUUUGCCAGGCUGUUGGAAUGGUGUUUCCUUCAGGCCACUCCUGGGUCCUUGUUCUGGGAAACAGCAAGCUGAGGCGCGCCUCUCAGUUGGUGCUACGGCAGCUACAGUGCAGUCUCAGGCCCAGGCCCAAGGAGCUGGAACCGCCACGGUCCUAA